UAAUGUUAUGAAUAAAUAAAGUCAGUCAGUCGCAGAGAAGAGGCCGAGAUCCCCGAAGAAACGUCUCCUCCCUCCCUCCCUGUUCAGUUCAACCUGUCUCCGCUUCUCCUCCUCGUCCUCUCCAUGGCUCUCGACUCUGUUCCUCCUUAUCCCAGCGACUUCGGAUCCAGCAGGGCUGUCCGAACCCAACAAAGAAUCAGGAAGGACGAACGCAUCUGGACGGCGGAUACGUAUGCGCCGUACGACGACGGGCACCAGUGGAGGAAGUACGGCGAGAAGAAGCUCUCCAGCUCCAACUUCCCAAGGUUCUACUACAGAUGCACCUACAAGAACGAGAUGAAGUGCCCCGCCACAAAGCAAGUCCAACAGAAGGACACCAGCGAUCCGCCAUUGUUCUCUGUCACUUAUUUCAACCAUCACACCUGCAGCACCAUCUCAAAUCCAACCGGAAGCACGAGUAGAGAUAUUGCUGCGCAGUCAUCUUCGAAGAAGGUGGUGUCAAUCUGCUUCAGCCCGCACACCAGCAGUGAGCAGCCUACAUUCCUGACAUCCUCGGCUACACCACCGUCAACAAGCAUACAUUCUUACAGAGCCAACCAACGGCCUGACAGGAAUGCCUAUGCUCGCCAGUUCCAGUGGACAGGUGCAUUAUCUCCUACAAGUAACGGUCCGGUUAAAAUGGAGGCUGACGAAUUUUCAGGAGCAAGCACUUCGUCCAGCAGCACGGGUGCUCUGCCGAGGACUUUGCUACGGAUCGGUCAGUCCAGAUGCAUCGAGUACUUCCAUUUCUUGUGAUGAUAUUCGAGGUGGAAGAAGUACAUAUGCUGGGGAGGCGCUUGGUGCCUGUUUCGAGUUCCAAGUGGAGUUUGUAUUUGGAGCUGGAGGCGGUAUUGCUUUCCCAGGCCUGAACCACAGGGACCCAACCUACUGAUCCCCAUAGAGAUAUUACUGCCUUGUUCAUUCUUCAUAUUCGGAUCCAAGCCACAUUUUUGUACUUGGAUGAUGUGAAGAAUGUGAUGAAGUUUUUUUCUCUAUCUAGCACAUGAUACCAAAAGAUGUUAUCGAGGUAGCACCGUUUGUUUGUUUACUGAUUAUAUAUAUGAGGGACGUUUACAUA